GUAGAAAGAGAAAAUUAAACACAGUUUUUCCCUAUUUGAUUCAGCGGGAAACUUUCAGCGCAAGAAAGUGAAAUUAAUACGAUAUUUCUUUCCGAAAUACAUUGAUUUGUCGCAAUUGAUUCGAAUACUGAAUCUGUUGCAUCAGAUCUGUUUGAUUUCUGAAAGCUUGAUUGUCUUCCAUCCGGAUUUCUGAGAAGAUCCGCCAUGGAUUCGGCUCGCUUGAACUUGGACGAAGUUUCAGCAUCGGAACAUCGAGGUAACGAGUUCAAUGGAAUCGAUUCGGAGAGUAAGAAGGACGAAGACUCCGGCGAGUCUGUUUCUGCAAGUUCGAAAAGUGGAAGGAGUAAAUUUUUGAAAGAGACAAGCCAAUCAACAAUGCACGGUCUUAACAAAUUUACAUCGCAAAUCAAGAAGCCUUCCCACAGGAAGGUUUCCCCUAUCAAUUGGUUCCCACGCAAGAAAGUGGACUCUUACUUGAAGAGGAAGAUCAAAAUGCUGCAGGAAGUAGAUGGCCUGAAUUUAUCACUAGAUGAGACACUAGGUGAUUCUAAUCCGCAUUAUUCCAGAGUAUUGAAGGAAAAGAUGGCAGCAAGAGAGGCAGCACAUAAAGCAAUGGAAGCUCGAAAAGCAGCCUUGGUUGAAACCUCUUGGUGUAGAAUACUUCGAGCGGCUAGAAUUCAAUGUAAAGAAGCUGAAGAUCAGAUGUACAGAGGUGAGAAGACUGCUGCCGAAGCUUUCAAAGUAGCUGCGGCUAUGGGAGUGAUCAUGUAUGAUACGCCCAAUUGUCCACAGAAGACUUACAAAAUGGAAAGCUCGUCUUCUGGUGGUGGUGGGUCUACAACUCUCACCAUUACAGCGUCUUUUGAGACAGAAUUUGAGGUUGAUAAGGAAGUGGCUGCAGCAGUAAAAAUAGCAUUGGUUAGGCUUGCAAAUUGCUCUUCUUUUAGAGAGGACGACUUUAAAGAACUUUUACGAAAGAUCUCUCAGAACCCAGACUGUGAUGAUACUCAUGUAGACCCAUCUGAGCCUUCUUCUUCCGAAUGUGAAUCAGUGAAUGACUUGGAACUUGAUAAAGCGGCUCGAAAGUCCGAUUUCAGCUCCCGUAAUUUCGAUUGGAAGAUGCUGGAUUUACAUAUGAGACAUAAAACUUUUGAGAAGGAGACCAAGAUUGAGGACUUGAUGUAUGAAAGGCUUAGGCGUUUGAAAGAAGAUGAACUUUCCUCCCUCGCCACCAUAGUUGCAACUUGUGGUUUAAGUGCUGCCUUGGCAGAGGUAGAAAGUGGGAAGCUUCUUCAUGGUGCAGGUUCCUCUGCAGUUCAGUCCUCUAUUUCAGCUCUUAACCUUCCUCGGAGGAUGUCUUCAGCAGGUUCCUCUAAUUUGCACAAUGGAAGGAAGCAACUACAGUCAGAACUUCCCAGCCUAGAUAAAUUCUUGGUAAAGCACGUGACUAAAUUGGAAAGAGAAGUGCUUGAAGCAAAGAAUAGCAGAAGUAACGAAGCAAAGGAAUUGGUGAGCAGUGUUGAGGAUGAGAAAGUUGUUUCCAACUUGGAAACUAUGCUGAUAAAUCCACCUUCAGCACUAGAGAAUGAAGUUAAAGAGACUGAAUGCAAGGGUGGAGAAGAAGUCAAGACCCUUAGCAACAAGUUGCAGGCAAGGAAAACGUUUGUUAGUCACAAAGAAGUUGUUUCAGCAGUUCCUAGCCUCGAUAAGUAUCUUGUGAAACAUGUCUCGCGGUUUGAAAAAGAAGUACAAGAAGCGAGAAACAGAAGAAGAGUUGAGAAAAAAGAAGUACAAGAGGGAAAGGAAAAUCUUAACAUGCUGAAGUCUUCUUUGAAGAUGGGAUGGGAAAUGGAAGACAGCCUAGAUAAGAUCUUAGUAAAGCCGAUUCACAGGCUGGAAAGGGAAAAGAUGCAGGCCGUGUUAGCUGAAAGUAACUAUGAUAAGCAAAGACAAAACAAGAAACAAGUGAUUAACAACCGUACAUCUGAUUGCCAGAGCUUGGACGAACUUCUAGUAAAGCAUGUUUCAAGAUUAGAGAGAGAGAAAAUGAGAUGUAAACCAGAGAACUUAAAGAGAAGAGAAAACAAUAUGCAUCCAGUGAUCAAUGGUGGAGGAGGAGGAGGAGGUGGGGGUUUAGGUGAGAUUCUGGUUAAACAUAAAUCAAGACUCGAAAGAGAGAAGCUGAUGUCCUCCCAUGAAUCUGAAAAUCAGAACAAAAGUUCUCUAUCACGUCGUGAAGCUAGGGAGAAAGACCUACGGUCAGCCUGGGGAGGCUUAAGUUUGGGAGAUUCCAUGAGACCUCAUCUCUCCAAACUUGAACGAGACAAGGCUGCCUGGAUCAAAGCUGAAGAGGAGCAAAGGAAGUUCUGAACAAAGUGUAAUCACACCUCCACCGAAGAAAAAAAAUGUACAUUGCUUGCCCUAUAUAUACACAUAUCAAGUGUUUUUUACAUUAUGCCUUCAAUAUGAAAUGUCCACUGCCUUAAGUUAUGAUAGCAUAUUGCUAUUCUG